AAAAAAUGAGUGCAACGAACGAAAAAUGUACAAAAUGUCAUGGUGAUCAUGAGACAGGUAGCAUUUACUGUCCAAAAUUACACGAUAAAAGAAUAACUGAUUCUACCAAAAUAUCAUUAACCAAAUCAUUGGAUAACAGUUACAUUGUGCAAAUAGUUUCCAUAGGUAUUCGACCUGACAAUUUUUACGAGGCUAAGAUGUUACUAGCACCGGAAGUUGACAUGUCCUCCACGAAAAUAACUGUUAAGGGUAAUAACCUUCGAGUGAGCGUUCUAAGACGUCUAAGGAAAGAUUUAUCGGAUAUUAUUGAAAAAUCGGUAUCUAACGAUUUAACAAAAUUGAUUAUUAAACAUCGAGAAAACUUACUUAUACCGGAAACUAUAGACAGCGAUGAAAUACGUGCUGUAGUAGACAAUAAACAUAGAAUGCUCAUUCUAACUGCACCUAGUAUUAAACCUAGUAAAAUACGAAAAAUGUGAUUAAUUAAAAUAAAUCUUUGUCAACUUGUACGUGUAAGUUAAAUGUACAAUAGAUUUGUAAAAAUAAUGUUUUCAGGAAUAUUUUAAGUAACCCGUAUUUUUUUACAGGAUAUAUAAAAAAACUGGUCAUUCUUAUUUUUUUUGUGCCAUCAACUUUGGAAACAGUUAAUCGAAACAAAAGAAUUAAUCUAAUCAAUAAUCUAUGUAAUUCUAACAUUUUGCAAAUGCCAGGUUAAGUUCUAUAACAGAUACCUGC